GUCGUGACCGACUUCGUGCACUCCCUGCCAGCGCACGGGCGGCAACUGGCUGGCGCGCGCGUCCCGCCAGUCUCGGUUGGCCCGACUGUGCAGCGCAAAUCAGUCGACGUCUUGGUCUCGACUGGACACCUGGCUGGCCUAGAGGUCGCCUCCGAGAAGCAGCUCGUGGCCCGUAUCAAACGGCUAGGGGGCCAGAGCAGGAAGGUAAUGUGGUGGCCUGGCGCGAGUCCCCUGAGCGACUUCCUCGCCGAGUGUGAGCAGGGCAUUGCGUUGCAGUCGCCUGCUCUGGCCG